CGGUUUAAACGAGGGGGGCGGGAGCGAGUUUCAGUUUGAAUCAGCAGCUCCAGCCGCUAACAGACCGACACACGCAGUGAACGCACCAUCUUGCACUCAUGGCCUCCCAGAACAUGGACCCCGCAGCGGCAGCAGCCUCGUCCACGGCUGCUCUGAAGGGCAGUGAGAGCACCGGCAGCUCGGCCAGAAGCUCGGUGUCCAAACGGCUGCAGCAGGAACUCAUGACUCUGAUGAUGUCAGGUGAUAAGGGAAUCUCAGCGUUUCCAGAAUCAGAUAAUCUCUUCAAAUGGAUCGGGACCAUCAACGGAGCUCAGGGGACGGUGUACGAGGGUCUCAGGUACCGGUUGUCUCUGGAGUUUCCUGCCGGUUAUCCGUAUCAGGCUCCACGCGUGAAGUUCGUCACUUCCUGUUUUCAUCCCAACGUGGACGAACAAGGUUUCAUCUGUCUGGACAUCCUGAAGGACAAGUGGUCGGCGCUGUACGACGUCCGCUCCAUCCUGCUGUCCAUCCAGAGCCUGCUGGGAGAACCAAACAAUGAGAGUCCGUUGAACACAACUGCUGCUGAACUCUGGGAUGACCAAGAAGCCUUUAAAACUCAUCUACAUUCGACCUUCCAGAAUUGAAGCAGCUCCACGUUUUAUUCUUCUUCUGUCUAUUUGCCUUCUGUGUUUGUAAAAUAUUUUUAUGUUUGUCCACCUUGCUGUGUCAAUAAAGUUCCUAAUUCAA